UAUUCAUUCAUCAUGACUGCUUGUUUGAAUUUCAAAACUCAAAUGGUGUAACUGCUCGUAAACAAACAGCGUCGAUGGGGUCAAAUUUUAAAUUUCGCUUUAAUAAUGAGUGAAGAUAAUACUGUUUCCUUUAGGAUUGAAGAGGAAGAGACUCCGUGUCGGCCAAGACCUAAUCAACGUCGAUCCACAUUUUUCCGACGACGUUCAUCGCUUCGGGCUCCGGGUGAGGAUGGAUCGACGAAUGUGUGUGCCAAAGAAAAUAAAGGCAGACAAGUGGAAGAAAAAAUGGAAAAUGUGGUUCUGGACGAUUCUGAGAAGAAAAGCGCGGGGACACAGUUCGAUAUAGAGAAAUAUAUAGUUGAUCUUGAAGAAGAAAGAAAAAUAUGGAAAGAAACUCUGCUGGAUCGGAAAAGACAAUAUAAAAGUAUUUCAAAACAAACAUCAAAUCUGCAGUGCUGCAAACAGGAAGUAGAUUUGAAUGUGUUAUCUGAGUCUGAGAGAACGUUUCUGCUUGUGCGGCCAAACUAUGAACAUAUAUGUGAAAAAGCUAAAAAGUUACGUAUUAUGGCAGAUGAAACUAGAAUAUUUUAUAACCAAAUGACACAUUUGCACAACCAAUGCAUGUUAAAAGCUCGAAGAAGGCUUGAUGCACUCACAACAAAAAUUAUUGAUAUGGUGGACUAAAUAUUUUAUUUGAUAUUCAAUAAUGUAUCUACUGUUCUAUGUUGUUUUUUUUUAUCUCAGUGUAAAUGGUCUUUGUGUAAUCGAACUUUAUAUUGAGUAUGUGAAAAUUAUGGCACAUAAACCGCAUAGAAUGAUUUCUCAAAAAACCAGGAAACGAAUUUCUCAAAUGAAAGAUUUUAACUUCUGUUGUUUGUAAAUAGUAAACGAAUGUAUUCUACAAAACUAUUAAAUUUUCAUAGUUGAUAAUUAAAUAAUAUCGUUGAACAUCUUUUUCAUUUUUUUUAUAAACAACGUUUUGAAUGAUUAAAAAAAAAUCUAAUUGAUUGAUGGUGUGCAAUUGGGAUGGUCAAAGCCUCUGUAGUAUUGUCAUUGCCAAAAUAGUAACAAUGAAAUAAAAUACUGCUUUUAUUUCGGAUCAAUCACGACAAUCAUGAAGUUUGAAUAAUAAUUCAUUAAAUCAGAUGUUCACUUGGUUUUAUGCAAGGCAAAGUAUUACGUCAAAGGUGCGUUUAUAGAACUCAGAAAAUACUCUUUAUAUUCGUCAGGUGCGUUGCAAUACUAUAGGAUGGUCUAAUUUAAUAAAAAUAAAAUGUAAUGUAAUUUUCCGGUUUGGCAGAGAGGGGGAUUCAUAGAUUUCGUCUUUUAGUAAAAUUACCAAUUUUGUAUAAGAUUUUAUAAUUCCAUUGACUUGUUUUUAAUAUACUUUAUGCUUAUUAUAGCUGUACAUUAUUUUUCUAUGUAAUAAAUGACAUUGAGUCUAGGGUGACCAUAGAAAAUAAGAUUCAAAGAUGCCUGUUUCAGGUUUUUCCAAAUUAGAAUUCAACUUUUUAGUCUCGAUACUAUUUUAUAAUGAAAAUUUUUAUCAUAUAUGAAUACUGAAAUGUGGAUUUAAAAAUUGUAGGUGCUUGAAUAAUAUACCAAAAGAAUUGAAGAUUACUAUUCAAUUUUUUGCCCAGCUACUAAAUUUUGAUUAGACAUCAACCUUUGAUGACGACUACGUAUCUUAUGUGACUGACAAUGUACCAAAUUACAGCACUUUAUGUGUCUUCUCUAUGAGCAUAGACAUUAAUAUUUACGUUCAUCAGUAAAAGAUUGUGACCAGAAUUCCGUCACCAAUAUGAUAAUUAGUCUAUUUAAAAUGCUUUUAUGGUUUGAACUUAAAAAUUCAUUCUGUAGACCUUUUGAACAGGUUCCUGCUUUGUAGUAUCUACAUUUCAUUUCAUAUAGAAGGCUAAGUAUUAAAUAAUGGCUUCGAACUCAAAUCGGAUAUUAUGGAAUGCAUCAUAUAUCAAUUCAGAUUUUGCAUCUGAUUAAUCAAUUGUUUAAUUCCAAGUCAAGUACUGUUCUUUGAAGUUGUGUGAGUGAUGAGUGUGAUAAUAAAUAUUGGCUGAUUUGCAAACACAGGUAUAGUGAAACAUUUAAAGUGACCAACUGCGCACGUGCAAAAUAGUUGGACUGUUAUUGGUCUGGCAGAUUGUACCAUGGUAAUAUUACCGCCUGUGAGGCAGGGAAGCCAACUUAUUUGAAACACGGUAUGAGAUGUUAAAUUCUCGAGUAUUUAACAACAAAUGGAAACGAUUUUAUGAUGGCUCGUUGCGGUCAUUAGUCAGU